AUGAUAUCAGAAGGUGAUCAAAACUCAAUUUUCAAUACAAUAAAGGCCAGUUUUACAAGGCCUUCAUGGGCAAUUCUAUUGCUUAUCUUCGCAGUUUUGACCCUUUUCACCCUUCAGAUCACCAACAAAUCAGUUUUUCCGAUCCCACCAUUAUUUCCGGCGACAAUCGAAAACUCGGGCACGGGCUCGGGCUUUGGGGGCCCGAAGAGUUGUUCUGGGUUCUUCACGGAGGUGCCGCCGAGAAAGGUGGUGAAAUCCAUUGUGGAGUUUGGUGGAGUCGGCGAUGGAACAACGUCAAAUACGGCGGCGUUUAGGGCGGCUAUGGCGUAUAUGGAAAGUUUCACAGACACAGGUGGGGCCCAGUUGAAUGUCCCCAGAGGACGGUGGCUUACUGGGAAUUUUAAUCUCACCAGUAAUUUAACGUUAUUUCUUGAAGAAGGUGCAGUAAUUUUGGGAUCAGAGGAUCCAGAGGACUGGCCUAUUAUUGAGCCACUGCCUUCUUAUGGAAGAGGAAGAGAAAGGCUUGGAGGAAGGCACAUAAGCCUCAUCCAUGGCAACAACCUAACAAAUGUUGUCAUUACAGGUCAGAAUGGUACAAUUGAUGGGCAAGGGAAGAUGUGGUGGGAUCUUUGGUGGAAUAGGACUUUGGAACAUACCAGGGGCCACCUUGUUGAGCUCAUUAACUCUCACAAUAUUCUAAUUUCCAACCUCACUUUUCGAAAUUCUCCAUUUUGGACCAUCCAUCCAGUUUAUUGCAGUAAUGUAUUAAUAAAAAACAUGACAAUAUUAGCUCCACUCAAAGCCCCAAACACAGACGGAAUAGACCCAGAUUCAAGCAUGAAUGUGUGCAUUGAGGAUUGUUACAUUGAGAGUGGAGAUGACCUUGUUGCAGUCAAGAGCGGUUGGGACCAAUAUGGCAUCACCAUGGCUCGUCCAAGCUCGAACAUCAUCAUUAGAAGAGUUUCAGGUACAACUCCAACAUGUUCUGGGGUUGGAAUUGGAAGUGAAAUGUCUGGUGGAAUUUCAAAUGUUAUUGUGGAGGAUUUGCACGUCCGAGAUUCUGCAGCUGGUAUUCGGAUUAAGACUGAUAAGGGAAGAGGGGGAUAUAUCGAAAAUAUCACCAUAAAUAACAUUAAAAUGGAAAGAGUGAAAAUACCCUUGAGAUUUAGUAGAGGUGCCAAUGACCAUCCUGAUGAAGGAUGGGAUCCUAAAGCUCUUCCACAGGUUAAAGGCAUUGUUGUGAGUAAUGUGGUUAGUUUGGAUACUAAAAAGGCUCCUUUAUUAGAGGGCAUUGAGGGUUCUCCUGUUGAGGGCAUUUGCAUGAAAAAUAUAAGUAUAGUUGGCUUAGCUCCAUCAAUGGCAUGGAGCUGUGAAUUUGUUUCAGGUUAUAGUUAUGAUGUUUGGCCAAAGCCAUGUCAACAGUUGCAAAAGAAUGACUCUAUACCUUGGUGUUCAUGCACUUGAGUUUUUGUGAGCGUUACAAUAUUUGGACUUUGUCCUACACUGACAGUGCAAUAUUUACAUCACGAACGGGUCUCAGGCUUGGAUGUCAUUUGUACACAUGGCUGGCACAAACCUAUACGGGUUGGUGUAACAGAGAUUAUACGCUAUCAGUAUAUAAAAGAUUACACCUGCUCUUAUUGGCACUGGAUGGCAAAGUAUCUUUAGGAUGCAAGAACAAGGGUAAUUCACAAUUGAUGAUUAUAUUUGGCAUGGCGAAAGCAAACACGAACAACGGUUGGCCUAAUAACGUGGCCUUGGCUGAUUGAUAUCCCAAGCAGGCUAGCAAAAUGAAGCCUGAUAUUUUGUUGGAAUUCACCAGGCUGCUUCUGGCGAUUUUUGUUAUUAGGUCGCCUGUGAUCGAAUGUAGGUGGCUUGCCGGAUUUGUUCAUUCAUGGUUGGUAAAUUUUUCAGCAAGGUGGAAAGAACAACUUUCUUUUCUUUUCCCUGAUUUAGACAUGGCAAGUUUCUAUGCAACUGUUGUAGAGAAAGGCAAACUAGGAACAUUGUACAGAGAGGGAGGGUUCAAAACAACCAAUGACUUAUAUAGUGCAAUAUUUUGG